AUGAGUCAGGGUCUAGAAACUCCAGUGGCUUUGGAACUAUUUUGCGAAAUGUUGGAAACGUUAAGUGAACGACCAAUAAAUGGUAUUGUAUUGCUGAGUUGGUCUCGUUCAGAUAUAUUAUCUCUUAUGUUGAACAUAAUGUCACUCAUUCUUAUAUCAUGUUCUGUUGCUUCAUACCGAUAUUCCUCCAGCUACUCCUGGAUAUCGAUUGCUGGGGAUUUGCUCUUUGUCCUCUUGUCAAGUAGCCUUUUGUUCUUAACGUUCCUAACGCGUUAUAAAAGGAUAAUUUCAUCUUGUACAAAGUUUAAGACAUUCUUAAGAUCUUCCGUCGCUUGUCUUAGAAAUUUGAAGCCGAAUAUGCUUUCAUAUUCACCAUGUCUAAAUGGACUUUUAAAUGAGAUGGUUGGUUUGGAUACCCACCUUACUAUCCGGGAUGGAAAAAUCGUGGUCUUGCCUGCUGUUUUACUUGUUCCAGGUGAUGUUAUUAUUAUUAAACCAGGUCAGACAAUCUUCGCUUUCUGCAAACAAAUAAAUGAAAAUCACAUUUACUUUCCAGGUGAUGUUUAUGUUCCUCAGAAACUCAGUUGUAACCUGAUAUCCACCUCGUUUACAUCCAUUCAAAAAUCAGAUGAGUCUGUGGUAGCCGUUGUUAUCCAUUCUCCUUUGGCUUCUUACCUUGAUAUUGCUUCUAAAUCAAGAGUUGAAAAUGGUUAUACGUUUCAACCGCUUGCUUAUAAAGUUGUGAAUACUGCAGUUUGGGUUUCUUUAAUUAUCAAGUGUUCUAUAACUUUCAUUUUUCUAACUUCAAUAUUUAUUUGCGCAUUACCUAUUGGUGAUCUUAGUCAUCAGUUUUAUCGCCUGCAAAUCUGGUUUGCCCACACUCUUGGUAUUGUUAUUGCUUCUUCAAGCUUCUCAUUGUAUUUCAUAUGGAUGGUUGCCACCGCUGUUGUCACAUUCCACUUCCAGAAUGUUCUUUCUAACGCUCAGGAUCAUUUUAAACUUAUUGAUGGCAAUAACUUCAAAUCUCCAUAUGUAUUUUUCCAACCCAACAUGUCUAAGGUGUCCAAAUCAAACACAUUAACUUUUCACUCGCUUAUCUCCAAUCUUCGCUGCUUUGGCUUUAUGUUUUACUUUCAGACGAACGUAGAUAUGGAAAAUAUUGUACUUACUUUGGGAACACUAAGUUCCGUGUGUUGUAUCAACCAAGAAGGUGUUAUAAGUCAGUCGUUACCAACUCCAGAGAAAAUGUUUUUCUUCCACAGACGCCACCACAAUCAUCACCAUCAGGAGAGUUUUGGUACAAACAAGUCUCAAAAUGUCUAUAAAUCAAACUCAAAAGCGGAAGAACGUUUGGAUCAUCAAAAUUCUAAAUCAGGCCAGCUGAACACGUCGGGUUUUCUGCGCACAAAAAAACAAUGUGUUGAACUUAAUCAAGGAGAACUUUACAAGACUCAAAGUUCCAUCCAAAAUCAGCUACCCACUAACUGUGAUCCUAAUGAGACUCCUGGUUUUCAACGAAGUGCUGUGUUUCCACUGGGCAGUUGUAUUGCACCGGUAGUUCUAGACUUACGAACCGAUUUUUAUCGACCCUUUUUAUCGCAUUUCGAAAGGCCGCGCUGGGAUCGUUUCCUUUCAUCGCUUAAACCAAUCGGUUUAUCGAUUCUUCUCAACAAUUGUCACUCUGCUAUUGCGAAACAGAGAAUUGGCUUUUUUGAGAAAGUAAAUGCAACUCAAAAAUAUUUCGAUUCUUCGUCAUGUAUUACUGCACUGCCGCUUACUUUCUGUCUGUGUGGUCUUGCCAGCCAGAUAGGAUUUCGUGAUGGUGCCUUAAGUGGUUUUGGUACUCAUGGAUGCUUGGGUGCUUAUUCUAUUUGCUCAGCCGCAUAUACUUCUAAUUCUAACGCUACUGAUGUGAAAAGUAAAUUAUCCUCCGAAGAAAUCCUUCCGACAAAAGAAAAUACAAAUUAUGACCGAAUGCAUUUGGCUUAUUGCUUUAGCUCUGUCUUCUCUGAUCCGAAUAUUCAAAGUGGUUAUCAACUGCUCUCUCAAGGUACUGGUGAUAUUCUUGCUAGCUUGUGUUCUGAUGUUUGGGAUGGGCGGGAUAUUGUGCCACUGUCAGAUAGAGAACGUGAACUAAUCUUGGGGUUCCACAAUCGUCAUCUGUCGUCUGCAUACUGUAUUGGAUUCGCUUAUUCUCCGUUGGUUGAUAAAAUUGAGGAAUCUUAUCGACUGUUGUUGGGUAAUCUCCCUAGUUCGUCAGAUAUCUUCAUGCUUCGUUUACCAGGACCUGAUAAUAUUUCACCAGUAAUACAGCGAAAGGUACUGGAACACCUGGUUUGUAGUCGAUCAUAUUCAAAUCGUUCUCUACUACCGCGUGUUACGGACAAUAUUAACAAUACCAGUCCCAUUUAUGCCAGGAUUGUUCGUGAUAGUGAUAUUUCUGGAAGAUCCCAAGCUAUUUCAAAAUCCAGCAGACCACGUAAUUAUCAACCAAAAUUUAUAAAGAAUAUAAAAAACUUCGGUUUUAAUUCCUUCUUUAAAUAUUGGCAGCAUAGCGAUCGAAAAAAAGAAGGGUGUGAUAAAACGGAAGGAACGUAUUCAAAUGAUAAACUUCUAAAACAUUCACCGUCUAAGAGAAGUGAUAGAUUUUCUAGAAAACAUCGAAUUAACCAUAAUCGAAUAAAUAGUAAUUUUGGUGAGUAUGAUAGUAACUGUUUGGUUUUGAAUGAAUUUCCAAAUGCUAAUUUUGUUUCGGAAACUGAUCAUUGCAAAAGUAACGCUGAUAAAUUGGAUCAUGAUAAGAAGAGUAAUGUACGUAUUAAUCAGAAAGAAGUGGACAAUAUACUGAACAAUCAAAUAUUCUUAGGUCUAAUAAGUAUGCAGUAUCAGGCAAAUCCUCAAGUUGUGAAGUCCAUUAAACAACUUCAUCAAGCUUGUAUACGAUUUGUACAUUUUUCUCGAGAAAAUGAACUUCGAAGUAGAGUGUUCGCUGAACGUUUGGGGUUAGAAUGUGGUUGGAAUUGUCAUAUAUCGCUUAAGAGUCCUAAUUCUGUUAGUAAUCGCAAAUCCGUUGGUCUGUCUAAAGAAUUCCGUAAAAGCUAUAAAUCUUCAUUUGGAACUGAUUUAUCCGUCACUGAAGGAAAAUACUUUAUUGGUUCUCAUCAGACUAAGCGAUGGUCAAGUUCUCCAGCACUAGCAACGUCAUAUCCUUCAAAAUUCGGGUCCACAUCUGAUCCACAGUUCUUUCAAUCUACUCCAUUUCCUGAAUAUUGGGAAGCAAACUGUUUGAAAUCAAUCUCUCCAUGUUUGAAUUUCCGACAAAUUGACUCUGACUUUGAAUCUUCAUGCUCUCAUGAUCAUAUUAACAAUAAUUUCACUGAUGCUGUGUCUACCAGUUACCUUCAACAGAUUCGUUCAAACGAAAUAGGUCCAAAGGAAUUAUUCGGUUCAUAUAACUUGUCCUCGUCCAGUAAUUCAACUAGUUCUGUAUCGCUCUCAGUAGAUGGACAAAGUGAUAAUUCUGAAGAAAUAAAAUUGUCGGAAUUGUUGGUCAGGAACAAGUCCCGACUUCCAUGUGGAAUCGAUAGCAUACGCCCACAUUUAGAAAAUGUCGAUAACGUUCCAUUACAAGUAUCAUUGUUUACUGAUUGUACACCUAAAGCUGUUAGCGAAAUGAUUCAAAUAAUGAAAGAAUACGGGGAUACUAUUUGCUUAAUUGGAAGCUGUUAUUCAUUAACCAAUUAUGCAUUGUUUCAACAAAGUGAUGUAGCUAUCGCUGUGAAACCUAUUUUACCCUACUCAAAUUGUCAAUUUGCAAAUACCAAAUACAUUGUCUCGAAUCAAUCUGUUGACUUGUUAACAAGUGAUCUCCAGUCAGAAGAGUUUAGUUCGAAAAAAAACUUGACUUCUACACAUCAGGAAAGUGAUACUACAAAUUUUAAUACAUUCGACAUUGCUGCACAUCUUGUACACUUAGUUACACCUUGUCUUUUGGAUAUAGAGAAAACAGGAUUUCAUGUUUACGAUCUUAUUGUUGAGGCUCACGCCAGUGUUAACAACCUCUAUCAUUGUUUGGUGUUCAGUUCAACAACUCCGUUAGCAGUUGGUUUGCUACAAUUACUACUAUUAAUAAUCGGGUUGCCUACACGACCUGUUGUUUUGCUAGAUGUGCGAUCAAAUCUUCAGCAAGGCGAAUUAAUUUGGUUGCCUGUGGAACCAUUUCGAUCAGUUAUUUUUGGUUCAAGUGAAAUUUUUGGUAAUUUAAGUAAAACUGAUAAGCACACUAACAUUAAUUUGUUACAUUACAUUUCGGAUUGGAAUUUAGAACCAAGUCUUAGCAUUGGUCAAUUAUUUUGGCUACUUUUCAUUGUCAUUCCAUCUUUAACAUUAUCUUUAAUUGAUAGGCGAGUGGAAAGAAACCAACCGUUACGUGAGCCACCGAUUAAGCGUAAUAAACUAUUUACUAAGAAGAGAUGCUUACGCUUUACUUUAGUGACUUGUUCUCGUUUCAUACCGUCACUGUUAAUUUGUCUAUUUUGCGAAAUCGGUCAUCUUUUAUGGGCUCAACAGCUUGAAGAUUGUCACCGAUCAUUUCACAGUAUUUAUACAAAUAAGUUUAAUGGAACAAAUCCCCUAAUUAACGAUUCCAAGGCAUAUACUAAAACACUAUCAUCAUCUUAUGCCCUUCAAGAAUCAUGUCUAUCAAAAUUGUCUAUAUUAAUAUAUAGUUUAAAGGAUUUAAUCUUCUAUCAGUUAAUCAUGUACCUAAUUGUUAUAUCAUUUUCUUAUGCAAAUUAUGGUCAAAGAGUAUGGAAAUUCCGGUAUUCUACAAAUCCUUCUUGGUGCAUUGUCUCUAGUCUAAUAUUCAUUCUUCAUUCGGUUUAUAUGAUUAUUCGCUUGUGCGUCGUUAAUUCUCCUUUAAGAUUAACAAGUUGGCACAUUUUAUCUCCAGUCAUAUCGGCAUUUGGUUUUAUCUGGUGCAUUUUGCUAUUGUUUAUUAAUGACUUUAUAUCAUGGAGAGAAAAUCGAGCUAUUCUGACAGAGCAUCGCUUGUCUAGACUUUACUUCAAUACAAAGUUGGUAAAUGCCAUAGCCUAUCCACAGAGUCAUUGUGAUAAGUGUUUAAAAAGGAUGCGCGAUACAAGUAAUAAUUACAUUAGUAGACUUUUGACAAACAGUGUUCUGCCUGACUCAUCUCUAUGUCAACCCGGUUUACAAUCAUUUAUUUCUACUAAUGGAUCAAAUCCGAAUGAUGCAAUUUAUAUAGGGCAUUCACAAAAUGUAUCGAUCAUGAAUGGUACGAUCGGGCAUGAUAAUAACACAGCUCCUCCGCUAGUCCAAACAUUUAUAUCUUCCGUACAGCAAUCACAGCAACAACAGGGUCGUUCAAAUAAUCCCGGGCUAAUUGACUCUACUAGAAGUAUUGAACCAACGUAUUCCACUACAAAUGAUGCUUUACGUGCCAAAUCAAAGUCUCAUUCAGAUUCAGUGGUUGUUGUUGAAAGAAAAUCUAAACGCCAUUGUCCAUGGUAUUACUGGAUUAUUAGUAUAUUGAUAUUAGCCUUCCUUCUCGCACUUGUACUGGCUGUAUCCUUUUCAGAGGAGAAGAAACGUUUAGACCAUCGGUUACAAGAACGAUUCGCUCAAGAUCCUGCGAUUAUAGGUCUUUUUGAUCCUAACUCACCUCCAUAUAUUUUAGAAGCAAAUAAGCCUGUAAAUAUUGUUCUAGAGCCAAUGAAGUCAUGGUCAGGUCAAUGGCAUAUGCCCACAGCGCGUUAUAUACGCUAUAAUAUUACAGUAUCUUCGUUAGCCUCAUCAAUUGGUGUAUUUAUGCGUCACAACACAAUGCCAACCAUCAUACAUUAUGAUAUAUUCGAUAGAAUAACUGGGCAUAAUUUGUUAGCAAAUUCUGGUCGACAAGAAUUAGGCAGUCGUACAAAACGUGCCACUCAAUCAACUAAUCGGAAUUCAAAGUCUUUAAUUCAUAUAGGUUCUAAAGAUGAAUUACGUGAAACUGGGCGUUUGCAUUAUUUAGAUGAAGGGAUAUGGUUUCUGGCUUUGGUUAACGAUCAACCUCGACGUGAACCAAUCAAAUUCGCUAUCGGUGAUGCAGUAAUGCGACGAGGUUGUCCAAAUGAUUGCAGUAAUCGUGGUGUGUGUGAUGGUGGUGUUUGCGAUUGUGUGAAUGGAUUCAAAGGUCCAGAUUGUUCGAUAGCUGAGUUACCAAAAGUCUGUAGUGGGCAUGGUGAUUACGCAUCUGGUGCUUGUCGAUGUUAUCCUGAAUGGAAAGGUCAAGAGUGUCAGACAUUAUGGUCUGAAUGUGAAGAUCCCACCUGUUCAGGUAAUGGUCGUUGUGUUGUUGGUGAAUGUCAGUGUUAUGAAGGUUAUGCUGGGAAUUUGUGCCAGACACGAACGUGUAUCUCUUUCAAUUGUUCUGGUCACGGAGUUUGCAUGAAUGGAAAUUGUCGAUGCUUCAAUGGUUGGUCUGGUAUCGGUUGUGAACUACCUGUACCUAAUCAUUUAAUAAAUUCUGAACUAAUUCAUCCGUCUAAUAGAGCAUCCACAUCUGGUAACACGGGUAAUGGAAAUAAUAAUAAUAAUAAUAAUAAUAAUAAUAAUAAUAAUAAUAAUAAUAAUAAUAAUAAUAAUAAUAAAAUGUCUAACCGAUUAAUGAUGAAGUCAAUGUCUCCUCCUUCUUCAUCGUCUGUACGAGCGAUUGGAUUAUCAUCCGCACCCGUUAGGUUGUUGUUGGAUGCAGCAUCAGAACAAGAAUGCACACUCGAUUGUAGUUCCCACGGUGUAUGUGAAUAUAUGGAUGGUUAUGAUCAGCCUGUAUGCCGAUGCUUUUCUGGUUGGACAGGUUCCGAUUGCAAUACAAAACGAUGCGAUACUCGUUGUUUUAUAAAUGGACAUUGUACUAAUGGUACAUGUAUUUGUAAAGUCGGUUGGAAUGGGAAAUACUGUACAUUAGAUGGUUGCCCAGAUCAUUGUAAUGGACACGGUCAAUGCAUCAUGAAUACAUUGACUAAUUUUUAUUAUUGUCAAUGUUCUCCUGGUUGGUCAGGUAGUGCGUGUCAACGACAAAUCGAAACAAUAUGUGAUGAUGGAAUAGAUAAUGAUCAUGAUGAUCUUAUUGAUUGUUUAGAUCCCGAUUGCUGUACAUCGACACAUUGUGACCGACUCAUUAAACUUGGUCCAAAUGCCGGCGGUCUAGCUGCUGAUAACGCCCAACAAAGUUGUGCACAUAGUGAAUCAUUUGAUUAUUAUUUAUUAAUUACACCGAUUGCACCCUUGGACAGUGCAUUUUAUGGCCAAUUAGAAUUCCUUCUAAGACGCGAACGUAUUGUUGUAGAGAACUUCGAUCCCAGACGUAUUUCCGUUGUUCGUGGUGUUGUUCGUCAAUGGGAUGGAACUGUAUUUUGGGGUUGUCGUGUAUCCGACCGAGCUAAUAUGCAAAAUGGAUAUACACUAACUGAUAAGAAUGGAAGAUUUGACUUACCAGUUGAUGGGGGAACAAUUGUUCAGCUAGAAUUCUUACGGUAUCCGACUGAUCGAUUUUCAGCCAUACAUAAUUUAUAUGUGCCUGUUAAUCAAAUUGUCAAUAUGGGUGAUUUUUAUGUGUAUGAUGCUAAACAAUUAUCAAAUAAUGACCUACCCACAACAAUAACAACGAAAACUACUACGAAUAAUAUUAUAUCAGGUGAUUUUGGGGGUACACUUGGUCCAUCACCAAUACACGGGGAUCUAUGGAUUAUGAACAGUUUUAUGCCCAAGUUCUCAGAUAAAAAUAUAGUCAUAGAAAAUUUAUGUACUAGUGGAAAUAUACAUGACAUAGUUACACUUGGUGGUCCUUAUAUACAAAGCAAUUCAUUAAUGGAUAUUUCUACUGUUUGCCUAGAUGAGCAAAAUGUCAUAUGCGUCAGAAACGGAGCAUUGAUGUAUAAUAUUCCGAUAAAGGAUACACAACUGCGGCUUAUAUACCGUUCUGAUCGCACUUCCGGUUACAAACCUGGCAUAUCUAUUCACUUGUUAGCAUCAAAUCGCGCUCCACCUUUGAAUUUGAAAGAAAUUCACCUAGUAAUUGAUAUUGCUGGUCAACGUCACGUGAAGCUUUUAGAACCUGAACCUGGCUUACUAAACACUUUCUACUGGAAUAAAAUGGAUGGUUACAAUCGCUCUGUUUAUGGUAUAGCUGAAGCUAAAGUAUCUGUUGGUUAUGUAUACACGAACUGUCCACGUAUUUUCUGGGAAUAUCGAGUUGUCCAACUACCCGGAAGCGAACUAAUCAGCUCAGAUUUAGCUAAUUGGAAUUUAAAUAUUUUACAUACGUAUGCGGUUAGCCAUGGGAUUAUUUAUCGCGGUGAUGGUUCACAUUUCUACUUGAAACAAACAGACUGGCAUAUUAAUGCAGUCAUUGGACUAACUGAACAACGUCGACCGCCAAACGACUGUAGUCAAUGUUCAAUUAGUGAUAAACCAACUCGACAAUUAUCUCUACGUAAUCCAUACUGUUUACUAACUGAUUCAGUUGGCAAUCUUCUAAUUGGAGAUGGGGGAUUUUUACGUUGGUUAAAUUCAACUAAAUCAGCCGAGGAGUACAAGUCUUCAUCAGUGUUAUCGUCUUCCUCACAAUCUUCACCAUCUUUUAGAACGCCACUGAUAAGAUCAGAUUCACUAAACAGUCCAUUUCAAGAACAAUUGAAGCGUAAUGAUCGUAGAAGAUGGGAAACAAUAAUUGAUUAUAAACUUGACUUUCUUCAGUCUAAUUUUGAUGAAGAUCAGUUAACAAAAUAUUUUAUAACUGUUCAUCCAAAUUAUAUAUAUCGUACAAACGAUUACACUAUGGUAACAUUAUUAGGGAACAAUGGAAAUGUUGGUGGAGCAGACCUUUCAAAUGGAUUAUUCCUGUCACACACGAGUAGUAAAAGCAUAUGGUGGCUAAAAACUACACCAAAUUUAUCAGCACACUUACUUAUUGGAGAAAACUGUCAAUUGCCAAGCUCUAAAUCUAACAUUAAUUCUGAAUCAUCGUCGUCAACUGCAUUCAACUACCAAGAGUUCUGUAUUAAACAGAAUUUGAAAUCCCCUAAAGGAAUUGUCGCUACACAAACGGAAUUGUAUUUUAUUGAUUCUCAAUCUAUUUGGUCAUUGUCGUUACGGCAAACUGGUUCUAAUAUGAUCCCAUUUUCCCGACUUGUAAUUGGAAGUGAUCCAAAUUAUUCAUCAAAUCCAAAGUCACUUAACACAACUACCUCAGAGACCAGUAUUCCAAAAACAACUCCAUCUUCAUCGACACCACCUUGUGACCGAUCUGUCCCAGGAAAUCAGAUGUUGUUAAAUAAUCCGGAACACUUGGCAUUUAGUACAUUAGAGCAAGCAUUAUACUUCUCUGAUAACGACCAUCUUAACAGCAGACGUGAAUUGUUAUAUAACUUGUCAUUAUCAUAUCAACCAAACGCUUUACAAGCUUUACAACAGCGUGAAGAACGUGAAGGUCAAGUACCACGAUGGAUCACAUAUGUACAUGGUCCAGGUGGACGUUUAGAAGCUGUGGACCGUGAAGAAGCUGGUACAAGUUUAAGAUCACAUAGCCAAUUGAUUUACAAUGCUGAAGGACGAAUAGCGCAUCUUCGUAUAGCUACAUCAGAUCCUCAGCUACCAUCGAAUGAGCGGUCAGAGUCUGGAUUAACAAGUCGUUCAGAAGAACUACAGUUCAUUUAUGACUCAAGAGGUUUAUUGGCAAAACGAGGCAACUGGUACUAUAAUUUUGACGAAGAUGGAUUCCUGAUAAAACGCCAUUUACAUAAUUUUUAUAUUACAGAUCAAUUUGCUUACAAUAGUAAAGGAUUGUUGAUAUGGGCCGAGCGUGCAGUUGACAAAAGUGUUGAUUCAUCGUCCACUGACAAUUUUCAUUCAACACCAUCGUCAUCAUCACCAUUGGAUCAAUGGGCUUUAGAAGAUGACGCCGGUUUAAAGCGUUCUUACUCAGUUCAAUUCAUUUAUGAUUCUGAAGAUCGGUUGAUAAUUGUGCGUGAUACUUUAAUUGUACGGGAUUCAGUUCAAUAUUUCUACGCUGAUCCCAAACACCCUACACGUGUAACACAUAUUUUUAAUCAUGGACGUUUGAAAACUAUCCGACUGUUAUAUGACCCUAUACAUGGUCAUGUAUUUGCUUUAGAACAAUAUGAUAAUGGUGGUUUAAAUACGAAUAAUGGUAAAAGAAACUAUCUGAAUUCUAAUAGUAUUCCAUCUCCAAUGAACUCCUUCGAUGAUAAUCAGUUUCAUCAUGAUUCUACUAAUUCGGCACAAAAACGUGUAUUUUUCAUAAUUACUAACCAUGAAGGUAGUCCAACUGCCGCAUUUUCCGAGAAUGGAAAGUUGGCAUGGGCUGCUGAAUACUCCGCUACAGGAAGUCGACGUCUAACAUUAUCUAGCCGCAACAAUUUCUUCACACGUGCCCUUAUUGAAGAAGUUGAUUUACCACUGGGUCAGGCCUCGUGCAUUACCGAUUUUCAUACUGGAUUUCUUUUCUGUCCACCAACUAGUCGUGCAUAUGAUCCCCUUGGUGCAACAUUUACUAGUCCGGAUUGGCGAGGCCUUAUUUCCACUCGACUUUCGAAUGUUAAACGUGAUCCAUCAGUAUUAGAUACUCACAAAUGGGGUCUGACUGAACAAGAAGCGUUAGGAACUGGCCCGAAUGGUCUCUUUGCAGAACUUCGUAAAGCUAUGACAUCACCUAUUUGGUGGCUUAAACAAGUUGGUUUCAAUCUGGACAACUUUCUGACAAAGUUUGAUACGUUUGAAGGAAAGGUGGAUAGCAGUAAAAACUCACCCAAAAAUUCAUUGCCUUUAUUUCCAAUUGAUAUUUCAUCCAUUCAUUCAUUUGAUUGCAUUCAUAACCAAGGUUAUAAACAGUUAAACAGCAAAUUUGAGCAUCUCAGUAUGUUGAAGUCUAAUCAGUUAACUCCUGGUGGACCACAUGGUAGUGGACUAUCAAGCUUUCUUCUUGACUCAACAGAUGUUAAUGAUGAAAUGUCUUUGCCUCUGUUACCCCCAAACACAAUGUUCGGACCUGAAGUCGGUUAUGUAGUUGACGAUGAUACUGGAUCUGUUAAAGUUAUCUCCAUCAAUCAAUCCCAGCCAACCAAGACGCAAUUUCAAGAUGUAUCAAUCGACGGUUCACUAGAAACUAAACUCGCUUCUAUACUUAUAUCAGACACAAACCUUGUAGAUUGGUGGAGUAACUCGAAAUCAUCCUUCCCUUCCUCUCUAUCAUCAUCGUCAACAACAACAACACAAACAACAGUAUCACAGCUCAGUACAACACUAUUCAUUCAACUGUUUCUAUCAACUAAAAAAGAUUUUCAUUCUACAAUAAAACAAUUAACUACAUUAGGUUUCCAACUACCAAUGUAUGAUCGUGUUAGUGGUAUCAAUUUAACAAUAAUGAAUACAAAUGAAUUAUGGAUUACACGAUAUAAUUUACAGUGGAGAAUAAGAUAUCUCAAUUCACCAUAUCCAUUAUCACCCACGACAGCAUGGUCUGUUCUAGUCAAUUCCACUAUUGACGAUGCUAAAAGACGUGGAGAAACAUCAGCUUGGUUGAAUGAAGUUAAAUUAACGCAGCAAUUCAUCCCAACACUCAAACCAACACCAACAUCAAAAAUCGACCAUCCUAAUAUCAAUCAAAAUGAUUUUGUCUAUCAUAAACUAACAUCCAAGUAUAUUUUGGGAUUCAAUUACCCAUGGAAUAGGCACGAACUCAGCGAAUUAGUACAAAACAACACUGUUAUGAAUUAUCGUUGGGUUCCAACAAUAGAUUUUCUACAAUACUCAUCUUCUCCCUCAUUAUCUUCUGACACUUCUGCAUUAUGUAGGCUAUAUGACCAUUCAAGUAUGUAUCAGAUACGACCAAAAGAAUUAAAUAAACAUGAAGAAAAAGAUUUGCAAAAAUAA